UUUACAAAAGAAAGGUAUUUUAUUUCUUAAUUGCUAUAUAGCGUUUAGUGUUUUGUUAGAUCUGUGCAAUAUCUAAGAUCUUCUGAAAAUAUAAUAUUUGUUACAUGAUUUAUAUAAUGUUUGUUAUAAAAUAAAUAAAAAAUAUUCUUAAAUGUCUAUUAAACUACCCUUAAGCAAUUAGCAUGAAGCUAGGGAAAGGUGUAGGGGGUCAUAGCCUGUUCCUUAAUCUUGUGAUAGACACUCAUUCAUAACAGUUUAAAAGUCCUCAAAAUAUAAUUGUCAUAAAUAACUAACAUCAAUUCCAUUGUAUUUCUUUUCAACAGAUGAAUUUACAAAUUGCAGUAAUCAUAGUCCUAGCCAUGGUGAAAAUACAGAUACUUGUUUCAAUCUUCAAAAUCAAAGAAGAAAUAUGGAAAAUUUAUGUUCUGAAUAUGGGAAAUGUUUUACCAGAAAAGCAAAUGUUUUAAGACAUCAGAAAAUUCGAACAGGAGAGAAAGCAUUUUCUUGUUCUGAAUGUGAGAAGUGGUUUACUGUGAAAUCAAAUUUUAUUAGACAUCAGAAAAUUCAUACAGGAGAGAAAGCAUUUUCAUGUUCUGAAUGUGGGAAAUGUUUUACUAAAAAAUCAACUCUUAUUACACAUCAGAAAAUUCAUACAGGAGAGAAAGCAUUUUCAUGUUCUGAAUGUGGGAAAUGUUUUAGUCGGAAAUCGCAUCUUCUUGGACAUCAGAAAAUUCAUACAGGAGAGAAAGCAUUUUCAUGUUCUGAAUGUGGGAAAUGUUUUAUUGAAAAAUCAACUCUUAUUACACAUCAGAAAAUUCAUACAGGAGAGAAAGCAUUUUCAUGUUCUGAAUGUGGGAAAUGUUUUGCUCUGAAAUCAACUCUUAUUAGACAUCAGAAAAUUCAUACAGGAGAGAAAGCAUUUUCAUGUUCUGAAUGUGGGAAAUGUUUUACUGUAAAAUCAGGUCUUAUUACACAUCAGAAAAUUCAUACAGGAGAGAAAGCAUUUUCAUGUUCUGAAUGUGGGAAAUGUUUUAUUAAAAAAUCAGAUCUUAUUAGACAUCAGAAAAUUCAUACAGGAGAGAAAGCAUUUUCAUGUUCUGAAUGUGGGAAAUGUUUUACUGAAAAAUCAACUCUUAUUACACAUCAGAAAAUUCAUACAGGAGAGAAAGCAUUUUCAUGUUCUGAAUGUGCGAAAUGUUUUAGUCGGAAGUCAUAUCUUCUUGGACAUCAGAAAAUUCAUACAGGAGAGAAAGCAUUUUUAUGUUCUGAAUGUGGGAAAUGUUUUACUGAAAAAUCAACUCUUAUUAAACAUCAGAAAAUUCAUACAGGAGAGAAAGCAUUUUCAUGUUUUCAAUGUGGGAAAUGUUUUAGUAAGAAAUCAAAUCUUCUUGGACAUCAGAAAAUUCAUACAGGAGUGAAACCAUUUUCAUGUUUGCAAUGUGGGAAAUGUUUUAGUCAGAAAUCAAAUCUUCUUAGACAUCAGAAAAUUCAUACAUGAGAGAAAGCAUUUGCAUGUGUUGAAUGUGGGGUACGUUUUACUCUAAAAUCACAUUUUACUACACAUCAGAAAAUUCAUACAGGAGAGAAAGCAUUUUCAUGUUCUGAAUGUGAGAAGUGUUUUACUGACAAAUCAACUCUUAUUAAACAUCAGAGAAUUCAUACAGGAGAGAAA